CACAGAAACUUCACGUUGGCUCAACAGCCUGUACAUUUUUUCUCAAUAACAGUUGGGAAACAUUUGUGAUUUCAUUUGUGCUGUAUAUGCUUAUUUAAGGACCGUUGUUGAUAUUCUAUUGGUCUGUAAAGGGGAAGGACAAUCAUAAACUUGCUUUAUUGAAUUAUUCUCUCAGGGGGGGUCAGUGCUGAAAGUAGCUUCAAUCUGGAUUGUUGAAUUGCCGAUGAGAAACAAAUGUUUUAUGGAGAUGAGGACAAUCCCGACGAGGUUCCAGCUAUGCGGUGUGGUGGAGUACGCAGUGUCCGUAUGCGGUGUGGUGGAGUACGCUGUGUCCGUAUGCGGUGCUUUACCAGAAAGAUGACCAGAUCCACAGAUCUCCUGCACAUGGGAACUAGGACACAUCCAAGGCUCCUCGGGGUAUCCUUCCUAGUCCUUCUUCUUCAUGCACCCAUAGCCUCUUCCCUAUCUGCCCCGCCAUCUUUGUCCUCACCGCCAUCAAAUGCACAGCUUAAAACAACAACCACACCACCUACACCAAAUACUACCAUAUCAACUAAAACUACCGCACUUUCUACACCAAAUACAACCACAACAAUUACUUCAACCACAACAACUACACCAACUACAUCCACACCAACCACAACCGUGUCAGCUACAACAACCACAUCUACUACAACAUCUACCACCCAAAGUACUGUAGCAUCAACCAUGUCACAUACUAACACAGCAACUGCACCCUAUCCAACCACAUCAGCUACAACCACGACACCUGCAGCUCCAUCAACCAUACCAUCCACAGCUACAUUAACCACCACUUACAUUCCUUCAUCUAACACUCUAAACACAUCAACAGUCGUGGUGCCCAUGUCGAAUGCAGCAGCACCAAAUGCAUCCACCACCCCACCCCCCACAUCACAUACAACCCCUCACCCAUCACCACUGCACACUGCCUCAUCCAACAUGACUAGUGGACCAAUGGCGUCCACUGUGCCAUCUCCAUCCACUACCUCUACGCUGCACUCAACCUCACCCAUCAUGUUGUCCACCGCUAACAUGACCUCGAAAAAUGACACAUUUCCGGGACACUCCACGCCUUUACCAACAACAGUCACCUCUAACGUCACUACAGAGCCAGCAAAGGUGCAUUGCAACUUCUCACAGCUCUGUGCCAAUCAGUCUGUUUACUACUGGAUGGUCCUUGCUGUGGACGUGACUGGAGACCUGAAGAGUGAAACGGACAUCAGUGACUGGUUGUGGGAUCUAUUUCAUACGCACUUGGACACCUGCGAGCCCUACCAACCGGAACAAUCAAAUGGCACAAACUCGACAGGCACACUGCGAACCACCUCAGUCAGUCCAGCAUAUCCCACCCCCUACAACAUGACCACACGGCCAUACAACUUCACCGCAGCAACACCAUCCCCGAACUUCACCAAGACAGCACAAACGCUGAACUACAGCUCGACCCCCUCGCGCGACUUCAGCAUGACGGCCUUGACAACAAACAUGACGACCAUGCUUUACAAUCACAGUAUUACUACUCCUUCACACAACCAUGGCAUGACUACCACACUCUACAACCAUAGCAUGACUACACCAUCACACAACUACAGCACGACAACUCAUUCUCCCAGCUGUACCAUGUCUGCCACCACUAGUAAAGAGCACGAAGGUGGAAAUAUGACUGCCGCCAGCCUGUUUCAAGACAUUGAAGUGACGUGUGUCAAUAAAACGAGGAUCAGGAGGACUAACUGUACUGUGCUGCUGAAGCUGAGGAUGCCCACAUUUCCCUGCUGUGUUCAACGGGCCAUUUGGUUGGCUGCGGAGAACAGCCCCAUACGAGCCAAUAUUGUGGGAAACAGAGUGGGUAAGGGUAUGUCUCAUUGCGCAGGCCAACUGCCUCCAGGCGGUCCUGCGAAGUGCAAUGGCUCCCUCAAUGGGACCCUCCCUCUCCCAAACACUUGUCAAUUUCCAGGGCCUGUUAAUAUCUCAUGUGGACAUUGCGGGACUGUUUAUGUUCCUCUUGGGAAUCAAACCCAAAUGGACGACGGCAAGCCCCCUAAACCCCCCAUCGAGGUGAAGAUUUUCUGCAACUGCUUCGCUUAUUGCGAUGGUACAGCUGCACGCUACACCUUGGACGUACAGAUCACAGAUUCUGCUCUGCACAUUUCAAACAUCUUCUCUCUGGUUAAACAGCUAAGACAUCCACCACCCUGUCACAACACCUCAGCGACAGGUCCCCCUAGUCCUCUGCUCAUCAUAUCGACCAUCUUUCAGUGUGCUUACGUGAAAUGCUUUAGCACGGAGACAAACCUCCAAAGCUGCAGGGUUAUCGUGGGCCUUGGACAUUCAGUGCCUAUAUGUGCAGUCAGCACUGCAUUGAUGACUAUUUUCAGUGAUGAGCGUGGCAUUGACUAUGACGGAAAGGUGACACGAGCAGGAAUUUGUAGCUGGCCAGGAUCCAGUGGAGAUCUAUUGAAUUCGACCUUCAGCUCGGCGGAGAGCUGCCUCAACCACUCGGAGUUCUGGACGACUGUAGAGGAGAGCCAUGGCAAAUUUGUCUGCAAACAAGGAGAAGUUGUGUGCGUGCUCCCGAAUGAAAUGUGUGACAGAUACCCCACACCUCCUCUCACUUCACCCAGCCCAAUAGCCAGCACUACUUUGCCUGCAACAACAACACGGUCUCCUCCACCCAACACCACUCUACAACAAAACACCACCUCCCUCCCAUUGAACACAACAUUACCUCCACCCAACAGCACCUCUACAGCGCCAAAUACUACAUCAGCAGCUCCAAAUACUACAACAUCAGCUCCUAAUACAACAACAUCAGCUCCUAAUACAACAACAUCAGCUCCUAAUACAACAACAUCAGCUCCUAAUACAACAACAUCAGCUCCUAAUACAACAACAUCAGCUCCAAAUACAACAACAUCAGCUCCAAAUACUACAACAUCAGCUCCUAAUACAACAACAUCAGCUCCAAAUACUACAACAUCAGCUCCUAAUACAACAACAUCAGCUCCUAAUACUACAACAUCAGCUCCUAAUACAACAACAUCAGCUCCUAAUACUACAACAUCAGCUCCAAAUACUACAACAUCAGCUCCUAGCACCAUUGUCACAACACAAACCAACACAAUGACAACCAUCCACCCCAUUCAUCCAUCACUAAACACCUCCACAACCAGGACCAUUGCCACAACUCCCCUGGGUAAUACCACUGCAAACUCAUCAACACCCGUCCUUCCACCAGUAAACACCUCCACAACCAGGACCAUUGCCACAACUCCCCUGGGUAUUACCACUGCAAACUCAUCAACACCCGUCCUUCCACCAGUAAACACCUCCACAACCAGGACCAUUGCCACAACUCCCCUGGGUAAUACCACUGCAAACUCAUCAACACCCGUCCUUCCACCAGUAAACACCUCCACAACCAGGACCAUUGCCACAACUCCCCUGGGUAAUACCACUGCAAACUCAUCAACACCCGUCCUUCCACCAGUAAACACCUCCACAACCAGGACCAUUGCCACAACUCCCCUGGGUAAUACCACUGCAAACUCAUCAACACCCGUCCUUCCACCAGUAAACACCGCAACAGCCUCCCCAAAGACCACCACGACAGCCGUGAUAACAACCACCGCAGCACAAAACACCACAGAAGCCAGUAAUGAAGAGCAGGCCAACCAGUUGCUGGAUCUGACAAGCGACGUGUCCAAGCUCAACUCCUCCCAAGUGGACCAGCUGGUUUCCCAGCUAGAGGCCCUGCUUGCUGGGCCCAAUGUCAGCCUGGCUCUGGGGAAAACCUCUGUCACGAUCGUUAGCAACCUGCUGGGUGUCUCCUCUGACACCCUGGCCUCCUCCUCCACCAAGAUCAUUGGGAUUGUUGAUACUGUGGGCCUGAAGCUGGUUGUUCAGGAAGAGGCUACGAUUUUAACCGAAUCGGUCGCUCUCGCCGUCAAAACGGUGGACGGCACUGAUUUCCAGCGAACAUCUUUCUCCAUCCGAGACCCCAACAGUGUGCAGAUCCGUGGAGACAACAGAGCCAGGAGGAGUGUGAGAGCAGAGGCUUCCUCCCUCCCUCAGGGGUCCGUCACGUUCCCCUCUUCCCUCACAGCGAACCUCUCCCCUGAGCAGCAGCUACAGGCCUCCAGACUCCAGUUCAACUUCUACCAGAAGAGCACUGUGUUCCAGGACCGAGCCCUGGGAGACAGCAAGCUGAAUAGUGGAAUCCUGGGGGCCAGUGUGGCCAACCUGUCAAUCAAGUCUCUGCAGGAGGAUGUGGUCAUCACCCUGAGAAACACUGAACCUGUCUUAGCACAUUUCGUGGUGGCAUGUGUUUUCUGGGACUUUGGCAUGAAUGAUGGCUCAGGAGGCUGGAACCGAGAUGGCUGCUCUGUCAGGAACAGCACAGAUAAUGAGACUGUCUGUGUCUGCAACCAUCUCACCUGCUUUGGUGUUCUACUGGACAUGUCCAGAACGGGCAUAACCAGUUGUCUCCAGGCCACAAUCCUCACCUACAUCACCUACAUUGGCUGUGGUAUCUCCGCCAUCUUCCUCUCCAUCACUCUGCUCACCUACCUGGCAUUUGGGAAACUGCGUAAGGACAUCCCAUCUAAGAUCCUGAUCCAGCUGUGUGUGGCUCUGUUGUUUUUGAACCUGGUGUUCCUGGUGGAUGGUUGGCUGGCCCUCUACCCUGACGCUGUGGGCCUCUGCAUCUCUACCGCCUGGUUCCUGCACUACUUCCUGCUGGCUUCCUUCACCUGGAUGGGCCUGGAGGCCGUCCACAUGUACCUGGCCCUCGUCAAGGUCUUCAACACAUACAUACCACGUUACAUGCUCAAGUUCUCGCUCCUUGGCUGGGGAACUCCACUCCUUGUGGUCAUUGUCGUCAUUGCUGUUGACGAGGACAACUACGGACUAGUUGGCUACGGAAAGUACGUAGAUGGCUCCCGCACAGAUGACUUCUGCUGGCUGAAGAACGACGUUGCCUUCUACGUAACCGUUGUGGCUUAUUUCUGUGUCAUCUUCCUGAUGAAUCUCGUCAUGUUUGCGGUAGUGAUGGUUCAGCUGUGUCGGAUAAAGAGGCAGAACCCCGACAACAAGAGGCACCGUAACGGGCUGCAGGACCUGCGCAGUGUGGUUGGAGUCACAGUACUCCUGGGUCUCACCUGGGGCUUUGCCUUCUUCGCCUGGGGGCCCGUCAACCUGCCCUUCAUGUACCUCUUUUGCAUCUUCAACUCCUUUCAAGGGUUCUUCAUCUUUGUGUUCCACUGCGCUGUGAAGGAGAACGUGAGGAAGCAGUGGAGGACUUAUCUCUGCUGUGGUAGACUGAGACUGGCGGAGAACUCAGAGUGGAGCCGCACCGCAACACAGAAGACAGGGAAGAAGUCAUUGCCAGUGACCAGAGCCACGUCCCUCCACUCCGACAACUCCUUCCAGUUCAACAAUUCCUCCAUCUUCUCCUUCUUGUCCAAUGACUCCUCAGAGCGACCCAGUGGAGGAAUAGGUAGUCCAUUUGAUGACAGAUCCAUCACUGCCCUGGAAGAGCCCAACUCAGACGUGGUCCUCAACGAGAUAAACAGACAGUUUAGGAGCCCGAUUUCGAGAGCACCCUGACACCUGUGAAAAACUAGGGGCUCUAUUCAAUCUUUAUCACUGAAGGUCACUUUACAGAUUGCGCAAUAGAAAUAUCAAGGUCAUUUCCGAUUGCGCCGACAUAUGCAGCGUUUACCGUGAAUGCCGUCUUGGUUAACGUGGGAACGUUGCCUUUAAAUUUCAAUCACGCUGUAACGCUCAACUUCUGCGAUACGGAUUGAAUAGAGGCCUCCGGGUAGGCUGGUGGGGAAGGGACGCGGUGUGACACGGUGUGUUUCAUAAUAGGUUUGAAGAAUAUAUGAAAUAGUUGCAUGUUAGUGUUACAUUUUGUAGUUUAACAGAAAGGUGUGACAGAUCACCCUGAAGAGAUGGGACAUCACCAAAGAGCUUGCAUGCUCAUGGAUUCCAUCUGGUUGACCUGGCAAUACUAUCAUGAACUCGCCUGGGCUGGCACCUAUGAUUGUGAAUAAUGCAUGUACUGAAAGGGUAUCUAGCACAGAGAAAAACCCCACUCAAAGAUCCUCAUGAGGUGCAUCCUUUGACCGCAUUCUACAUACUUCCUUUUUUUCUCUGCAUUCUUCAGACCCGUAAGUUAAAUGAAGGUUCAAUUAAAAAAAUUGACAAAAAUAAGUUCAUACCAACACUGUGUCACUAUCUGUUUUCAUAUUUAAGAUGUAGCUCUUUUAUACUCUAUUCAGAAUCAAGAUAUUUUCAUGAGAUGUACAGUACCAGUCAAAGUUUGGACACACCUACCCAUUUCAGGGUUUUUCUUUAUUUUUACUACUUUCUACACUGUAGAAUAAUAGUGAAGACAUCUACACUAUGAAAUAACACAUAUGGA